GAAUCUUUAACAACAUACAGCAUGAAAUCAAUCCUCAUGAACAAUGGCUGUUCUAUUCCUAUGAUUGGUCUUGGUACAUGGAAUAGUCCACCUGAUGAAGUCGGUGCAGCAGUGCAUAAAGCAUUAACCAUUGGUUAUCGUCAUUUAGAUUGUGCUUAUAUUUAUAAAAAUGAAAAUGAAAUUGGGUUGACUUUAGAAAAUUCUAUGCAAAGUUUGAAAUUAAAUAGAGAUGAUUUAUUUAUUACAUCUAAAUUAUGGCAUACAGGACAUCGUCCAGAAAAUGUUAAACCAUUUUGUGAAAUAUCAUUAAAAAAUUUACGAUUAAAUUAUUUCGAUUUAUACUUGAUACAUUCUCCAGUAUCUUUUAAGGCUGGCACUGUUGAUUUUCCUACUGAUGAAAAUAAUAACCCACUGUUUGAUACAGUUCCACUUGAAGAAACUUGGAAGGCAAUGGAAAACCUGGUUGAUGAAGGUUUAGUCAAAUCAAUUGGUCUUUCGAACUUCAAUAAACGACAAAUUGAAACUAUACUCAAACAUUGUCGUAUUAAGCCAGCAAAUUUACAAGUGGAGAUUCAUGCUAAUUUUCCUAAUACAAAAUUAGUUGAAUAUGCUCAAUCGGUUGGUAUAACUGUAACUGCUUAUGCUCCACUUGGUUCACCUGCUCGUUCACCUUUAUCAGCAAAUUUACUCACUGCACCAUGGAUAAUGGCCAUGGCAGAAAAACACAACAAAACACCAGCACAAAUUUUAUUACGUUAUUUAAUUCAACGUGAUAUUAUUGUUGUGCCAAAAUCAGUUACUAAUGAUAGAAUAGUAGAAAAUUUUCAGGUUUGUUUAUUAUUAUGA